UUUGUACUUUUGCCGCCGCCGCUCCUCCGGUCGACCGGGCUCUACCAGUUGCUGGCGUCUCAAAGCGUGGUAAUCCGGAGGGGAAGAGCUUGGUGGAAAUGUUUAAUUUAGAAGACGAUUAACCCUUAUGGGAGUUCAGAGCAUUUAGAUGGAGAGCACCGAAUGUAUCGGAGUGUUCUCGAUGCUUUCAACGCGGAGUUAGCAUCGAAGAACAAUAUAAGAAAACAUUUCCUUUGCCCUUGCUGUUGCAGCCCCUCCACCUCUUUCUCUCUAUGCGAGCAGUCCCAGCCUAAUUUACCAAGGCUUAGCGAGACAGUGAAAAAGUAGCCGUCGCCGCCACAGUGCUGCCGCCGCAUCCCCGCUUCAUCGGCGACGUUGAAGAUGAAGGCCAGCUCCUCUGCCGUUGAAGAGGACUCGUCGCAGUCGAAACUUGUCGCCGACCGUUAUCUCAAACGGGAGUUGCUUGGUGAAGGCACGUAUGGUGUCGUCUUCAAGGCCAUCGAUACACAGUCUGGAAAAACAGUGGCAAUUAAGAGGAUUCGAUUGGGAAAACACAAGGAAGGUGUAAAUUUUACUGCUCUUAGGGAGAUCAAACUUCUCAAAGAACUCAAAGAUCCAAAUAUAAUCGAGUUAAUUGAUGCUUUUCCUUACAAGGGUAACUUGCAUCUUGUAUUCGAGUUCAUGGAGAGUGACUUGGAAGCUGUUAUUCGUGAUCGAAAUAUUGUUCUCUCUCCCGGUGACAUAAAGUCAUAUCUUCAAAUGACCCUGAAAGGGCUGGCAUUCUGCCAUAAAAAGUGGGUCUUACACAGAGAUAUGAAGCCAAAUAAUUUAUUAAUUGCUGCAGAUGGACAACUUAAGCUUGCCGACUUUGGUUUGGCUCGUAUUUUUGGUAGUCCAGACCGCAGGUUCACUCACCAGGUUUUUGCUCGGUGGUAUAGAGCACCUGAACUAUUGUUUGGCACCAAGCAAUAUGGCUCUGCAGUGGACGUCUGGGCUGCGGGUUGUAUAUUUGCUGAACUUCUGUUGAGGCGACCGUUUUUGCAGGGUUCCAGUGAUAUUGAUCAGCUAGGUAAAAUAUUUGCAGCUUUUGGAACUCCAAAACCAUUCCAGUGGCCUGACAUGGUGUACCUUCCAGACUAUGUUGAAUACCAAAAUGUUACGUCACCUUCACUCCGUUCAUUGUUUCCCAUGGCAAGUGAUGAUGCUUUAGAUCUCUUAUCAAAGAUGUUCACUUAUGAUCCCAAUGCAAGAAUAUCUACUCAGCAGGCCCUAGAACACAGAUACUUCUCAUCCAUGCCAGCACCGACUAAACCUGCUCUACUUCCAAGACCGCCUCCAAAAGGUGAAUCUCGGAAUGAAAAACCUCUGGACUUGAAUGUCGAGUAUGGUCCAGUUGUGCUUUCUCCGCCUAGAAAGUCGAGAAGGGUGACAGUUAACCCUGUCGGUUUAGAAUUGGCUGCACAUAAUAAUAACUCUGUAAGAGGCGACGAGAAUGACAAGGCGUCAAGAGGAGUGGGUGAAUCUGGCCUUAGUGGGCAUAUUCCAAUGUCUAUAGAUUUGGAAGCUAUGUUUGGUUAUACAACAGCUCCAAGGCCAAAACUCAAUAGCGUUGAUAGGUCUCACUUGAAAAGAAAACUUGAUUUGGAUCCUGAGUUUGAAUAAGCUCGUUUCCCUUACUAAUGGCAGAGCUUCAAUUUUCAGACAAUGCUUGCAACUUUCAAGCGAUGAUACCAUUCAUGAUAAGGUGAGUGUGUGUUUGAUGGAACUGGUCAUUUUAUACUAUUUAUUGGCUGUAGUUUGGUUCUCCUGAUUCAGCUUACAGGAAAUCCAAGGGCUAUUAUUUCCCCCACACCCAGAAAAAAAAAGAAGAAAGAAAAAAACCCUGAGAUGGAAGAAUUACGUUUUAUAGAUUUCUCAUUCAAGUAUUUGAUUUAAUAUGUAUUAAAAGUUUUUAGUUUUGGAAAUUUUGCAUGGGCACUGAUGUUAAUUAUAGGCCUGAAGUGUUAUUAGGGUUAUUGCCAGGGAGAGAAAUUUAAAAUGGCACGUUCAACGGCUAGUGCUUAUUGUCAAUGCUUCAGGAGUGACUGGAUUUGUCAGCAUUCAAUUUUUUUUGUUUUCUGUGCUAACAUUUUGUCUUUGGACGGUAUAAUCGAGGCAGUUACAUUUGUUCA